AUGUUCUUUCCAUCUGCUCCUGUUCUGCCUCUGCUCAUCGCUCUGGCUGCAGCCCAGUCACGAACCUCCUCAAGCUCGACACGCCGCACAACUACUAGCACCAUCAAAUGGCAAGCUUCGGGUGGCGUUUCUUGUCCUCACCCCGCGGUCAACACCAUUUGGCCCUCUCCUACGGGUAGUACGUCUUUUCCCACGGCAUCUGUCAUUCCGGCCAACGCCGUGUUUGACGGCAAGAUGGCUGUUUUCGACCGUAGGGGCAGCGCCGGAGACUGCAAAGGCCAAGCAGAACAGGACGAGGCUGCUGCUGUCUUCAUCCUCGAACCAGGUGCAACCUUGAAGAACGCCAUCAUUGGUCCAGCUCAAGCUGAAGGCGUUCAUUGUCGAGGCCCAUGCAACAUCGAGAACGUAUGGUGGGAGGAUGUAUGCGAAGACGCUGCCACCUUCAAGGGCAGUGGGCCAAGAUAUGUUCGAGGUGGCGGGGCGAGGGAGGCCAGCGAUAAGGUCUUUCAACACAAUGGGGAGGGAUGGCUGCAUAUUGACGGCUUUUACGCCAACAAGUUCGGAAAGUUCUACCGCUCCUGUGGCAACUGCAGUCAACAAUUUCAACGUCACGUAAACAUCACCAACUUCGUUGGCAUUCAGGGAGUCGUUAUGGGAGUCAACCAGAACUACGGAGAUACUGGAACAUUGUCCAACUACUGCGUGGCCAAGAUCGGGGUAAUUUGCACUCGAUAUGAGGGCUGCGUGAAGCCUUGCGAAGCAGGCGAGAUCGGAGAAGGUGCACUGGCUCCUUACUGCGUUGUCAACGGGCAAGACUGGUCUUGA